AUGAUGGAUAGAGGAAGAACAAAUUAUAGAAGAAAUAAUGACGUUAAUAUAUACAGAGAUGGAAAUAUAAAAAAUGAAAGUCCAGAUGAUCAUCAAUUUUGGGCUAAUAUUGAAAGUCAAUAUUUUUCAAAUUUUGAUAAAAGAUUAAUUUCUGCUUUUGAAGAUCAUAUAAGAUGCACAGAUUACAUAUGCAAUAAAAUAAAGAAGAAGAAAAUAAAUAAGAAAUUAUUUCAGAACAUAAAUUGUUACAAAAGUUCAGUGAAAAUAAAAUUAAAUCAAAAUGAGAAAAAUAUUUCAAAUAUUUCUGAUUAUUUUUCUCAAAAUAAAAAUUUAAUUUUUAGAAAUAUAGAAGAUAGUAAAAAUGAAAUUAGUAAAUUUUUUCAACGAGAUAUAAAAAACGAAAGAAUAAAAAAAGAACAAAUAAUAGAUGAUAUUAAUAGUUAUAAUACAAAUGAAUUACAAAAAAACAUAAAAAAUGAUAAACCAAUAAUAUUUGAUGAAAAAAAAAGUAUAAUUGAAUUUAUGCCUAUGGCAAAAAACGAAUUAUUAUUGAAUACCUUACAUCACAUAAACUUAAGAAAUCAACAAAAAAAUUAUAAAUUUAGCAUGAACAAGGAUUCUAAUUUUUUUGGUAUUAAUAAUAAUGAAAAUUUUUUAUUAAAAAACAGAUAUGUCAAUAGUAAUAUAUUUGAAAAUUCUGAAAAUUUUAAAGAUAGUAACUUUAAUAACAUGGAAUAUUUUGAUUAUUUAAAUAACACCAACAAUUUUAAAAAUAAUUUUAUGAAUAUAUGUGACAUUAAUAAUUCAGAUAAUAUUAAUAAUAUAAAGUAUUAUAAUUUUUUCAAUGAUAAUUUAAAUGAUAACACAUUUAUGAGUUACAAUGUAUUAAAUGAUAGUUAUAAAAAUUUCGAUAAUAAUUCACCUAAACUUAAAAGUAUAGAUAAUGCUCAUUCAAACAUUGACACUACAAAUAAUGUAGAUACUAAUAAAGAACAAAAAAAUAACAAAAUAUGUAGCAGUGAAUUUAAUGAAUCAAAUAAUACUGAAAAUAAACUUGGAGGUGAUUCAAAUAAUAAUGCAAAUGAAUUAAACAGUAAUAAAAAUAAAAUAAGCAGUAAUAUCACUGAUGUAAAUAAUGAUAUAAAUAUUUUUAAUGAUAAUCCAAAUUUGUUUAGUUAUAAUGUGAGCAAUUUAAAGAAUGAUUCAAAUAUUUUUAAUAAUGAAUCAAAUAUUAUAAGUAAACCAAAUAAAGAAGUAAAUUCAAUAAACGUUGAUAAUGCAAAUAUUAUGAAUAGUGAAAUAGAAGAGAAUAUUAAAAAUCAAUUUAGCUGUAAUUUAAAUAACCUGUAUGGUGCAAAUAAUAAUUAUGAAGGUAUGAAUAAUGAUGUUAAUAGUUUUAAUAGUACUUACAACCUUUUUAAUAAUUGCUAUAAUAAUUCUUUCAACAAAGUUCAUAUAAGCAAUAAUUAUAUAACUGUGAAAAAUGACCUUGAUAAUAAGUUGAAUGAUGAUAUAAAUGUAAAUGUAAAUUCAAUGAAUGAUUUAAAUAAUUUGUAUUCUAAUAAAAUGGUUAAUCUUGAUCAGUAUAAUAGUACAAAUAAAAUUAAUAAUAUUUAUAAAAGUUCUAAUUUAUGUGAUAAGAAUAUGAUUAAUAUGGAAAAUUAUUAUACUAAUGACUUCAGUUAUAAUAAUAACGUUUUCUUAGAUAAAAAUGCAUGUGAUAAAUAUUCCCAAAAAUAUUUCAUGCAUAAUCCAAUAAGUCUGAAUAGUGCAUGUAAUGAUUAUAAAAAUGGUUUAUUUGAUAAGCAGCUAACAACACACAAUUAUAUAUAUAAUAGAAAAAGUUAUCCAAAUUUCAAUGAAGUACAUAGUUAUGAAAAUAUAUUAGAUGAUAAUGAUUGUAUAUUAAAAAAUGACAAGAUUAAUAUGAAAAGAAAUAAUGACAUAAAAAUUAAAAAAAAUAAUACAAAUGAUGAAAAUAUAAAAUACCAUAUAGAUAAAUACAAAAAGUUAAAUAAAAAUUCUAAGCAAGAUAAUAACUUUUUUAAUCCAUUUUUGAAUAAAAAAUACGAUGGUGUUGGUAAACUUCCCUAUAUACAAAAUAAACCAAUACCUAAUGGUUUACAUAUUUCAAUAUAUAUUCCCAAAACUUAUAAUUUUAAAAAAAAAAAUGAAGAAAAAAAAAAAAAAUCAUGCAAUUCAGAAGAUAUAUAUGAAAAAGAAAAAUUAGCCAGAUUAUUAACGGAGAUAACUUUUGGUGAUAAAAAAAAUAUUUUAAAUUCUAAAAUGUCCAUAGAAGAAAAGGAAAAAUGCUAUAAUUCUAUUUUGGAUGAACUGAAGAAUUACAAUUCAUUACCAAUAAUACUAGGAAAUAUUUUGCCUUAUUGGGAUAAACAAAAAAACAAAAGUCAUUUAUAUAAAAUAAAAAAUCUAAAUAAAAAUAAUGAAAAGUCAAAAUAUAUUCAUAUAAAAAAUUUAAAUAAGAAAUUGGCAUGCAAAAAUUCAAAAGAGGGUAAAAAGCAUUUAAUGAACGAUAAAAUAGAUAAUGGGAAAUUAAAAAAAAAGAAAAGAGAAAUAAUUGAAAGUGAAGAAACUAUAAAGAAUAAAAAAGAUAAUACUCACUUAAACCGAUGUCUCGAUAAAUUAAAUUUGGAAAAACAUAACAUUAAUAAUAACAGUGAUAAUUUAGAACUAUACAACAAGAAAUCAGAAGAAGUAAAUGAAGAUAAAGAGGAUAUAGUUGCAAGUAAAGUGGAAACAAAAGAAUUAAAAAAAGAAAGUGAAAAAAUUGAUUAUACUAAUGUAGAGAAUAUAAAUGAAUAUGAAGAAAAACCAACAAAAAUAUUCAAUAAUAUUAUGAUAAACGAUAUAACAGAGGAAAAUUCAAAAAAAGAAUUAACAAAGGAAAGUUUUUGUGAUAAUACAUCGAAUGAAAAAUAUAUUAAUGAAGAAAAAAAAAGUUAUGAUAUUAAUAAAUGUGAAAGUAACCAUAAGUCCAUAACAAAUGUGGAACCUCAUAUAAAAAAUGAUACAAAAGAUUUUUAUAGUAAUAAAGAAGAUGAUAUAAAAGAAGAAGAAGUUACAAAUAAUAAUAAAAUUAUUUUAAUUAAUGAAUAUAAGAAUAAUGAUAUGAAAAGAGAACAAAAUAUUACUACGGAAAAUAAAAAAGAAUCAUUAAACAACAAAAAAUCGAUUUUAAAAAAAAAAAGUACAUUUUAUAAAUUUCAUUAUUUAAAACAUUUUAAAUUUACAGUUCCUAGCAAUGCAAUUGUUCCUUUUAAUAGUUCUAUUUUUUCUUUGCAAAAAAAUCAAUAUAAGUCUAAUGUUUAUUUUGAAUACGUGCUGACUAAUAUAAAUUUAGACAAAUAUAGAAGAGAUAUUUUGAAUGUAAAUUAUAAUAAUAGCAAUUCUAUUACAAGAAAGAAUCAUUUAUAUUGUAUAAAUUUUAAUAAAAAUAAAAACUGCAAAAGGAAAAUUAUAAAAAGAAAUACAAAAAUAUCCAAACUAAUGAAAUCACUCUCAUUAAAUAAUCAAAUGAAUUUGAGUAAUAAUAAAGAUAUUAAUAGUUGUAAUAAUGAAAUGGAAAAAAAUAUUUUGGGAAACAAUAUACUAGAAGGAUUAAAUGAAGAUAGUAUAAAGAAUACUAAUAGAAAUAUUAAUGUAUAUGAAGAAAACAUGAUUUCAGACGAUGAAAAUAAAAAUAAGGAGAAUAAAAAUAAAGUAAAUAAUGAUAUUUUAAAGGAUGUGCUAUGUUUAAAUAAUACAGAAAACAUAUAUAAAACAAAUAUAAAAAAUUUAAGAAAUAUAAAAAGCAUUAAUAAAGAAAUAUGCGUUUUAUUUUCCCGUUAUGUAUAUAAUAUAAAGGAGCAAAAAAAAAUUAUAAAAAAAUUAUUAGAUAAUAUAAAAAACGAAAAAAAAAAACCAUAUAAAUAUUGGUAUUCUAUAGAGGAUAAAAUGAUUAAUUUUUAUAUUAAUGAAUAUCUAAAAAAUAAAUUAAACACAAAACAUACAUAUACAUUAUCGAAGCAAAUUGUAGAUUUAUUGAAGUUAAGAAUUAUAGUUAAUAAUAGCUUUCAAUUACCAAAUAGUUGGACAGAAAAAGCUUUAUGUAACAUUUGUAGUCUUGGAGAAGAUUGGGAAGAAAAUCCUAUAAUAUUUUGUGACUGUUGUUAUACUCCAAUGCACUUUUUUUGUACUGGAUUUAAAAAUAUUAAGAAUUAUAAUUUGGUUAAAAAAAAUUCAAAGAAGGAAGAUAAAAGUGAAUCAGAAACGACAAACAAAAAUUGUGAAAAGGUUAAUCAUAUUUCAAAAAAUAAAAAUAUAAAUAUUAUUGAAUCUUUAUUAUCAGAUAACUUCAUUAAUGUAAAUUCAUUUAAUAACAGUUUUAAUACAACUACAAAUUCUGUGAAAGAUACUAAUACUUCACUUAAUAAUAUCGAAUCUUUAAAAAAAAGUAAUAUAAAUGAAAAUACUCAUCAGCAAUUUGAAUAUAAUAAUAUAAAUGUAUUAUUAAGUAACAGUAAUAAUGAAAAAGAAAAUAACAGUAAUAAUAAUAUGUCAUCAUGCAAAAAGGAAUCUAGUCAAGAUGUAAAAAAUACAAAGGAAGUAAAUCACCUUAGUUUAAAUGAAACUAAUAGUAAUAUAGAAAAAGAAGAUUUCAAAUAUUCAAAAAAUGAAACAAAUUAUAAAAGCAUAAAUAAUAACAAAGGAGAAAAAAAUACAAAUGUGUUAAAUAAUGUAAAUAAAAAUAAUUUAAAUAACAAUAUGGAUAAAAUAAAAAUUCAGAAUAAAGAAAAUAGUGAAAAUGGAAAAAAUUCGGAAGAAGAACAAUGGAUAUGUCCAUUAUGUUCUUACCUAAGAAAUCAGAUUUUAUUUAUUGAAGAUUCUAGUGCUUUUAAAAUUAUUAGACUAUUAAGUGGACCUAGAAAAAAAAAAGAUAUUGAUUUUUUAGUUAAGUCAUGUAAUGAAUUUCCAUGUGAUAAUUUACUAAAUGAUAUUAAAAAUGAAUUAUUGUCAUAUAACCCUCCAGAAGAGAUAAUUGUAAAUAAUAUUUCUAAAUGUAAUUAUAAAUAUAAAUCUAUUUUAUUAUUAUUCGAUAUUGAUAAAGAUGUUAAUCAUUACAAGGAAACCUAUAACUUAGAUAUAAAAGAUGCACAUGAUUUUUUUGAAAAUGUUGUUCUUAAGAAUACUGAUAAAUAUAAAUAUAAGGAUUUUUUUAAUUCUAUUGUAAUUAAUAAAAUAGAUGAUGAAAAUAAAGAAAAUAAAUUUUUAAACGAAAAUUUUAAAUUAUUUCGUCAAGAAUCAUAUUGUGUUAACGAAAUUUCUGAAGAAAGUGAAGACAAUGAAGAAAAGGUAGAAGAUAAAAAGAGAGAAGGAGAAGAAAAAUAUAAUAAAAGAAAAAGAGAUAAAAAAAUAUUUCAAAGUAGAGCCUCGAAAAAAGAAGAAAAAAAAAAAAAAAAGUUAAAAAAAAAACUAUUUCAUAGUAUAAUGAAGGAUAAUAAUAAUAAUGUAGUAGUAAGAAAAAGGGGGAGACCAUUAGGAAGUACUAAGUUUAAUAAAAACAGAUUACUUAGCAUGACGAAUAAAAAUAAUUCAAAAAAUGAUAAUAUAAAUAAUAAUAAUAAUAAUAAUAAUAAUAAUAAUAAUAAUAAUAAUAAUAAUAAUAAUAAUAAUAAUAAUAAUAAUAAUAAUAAUAAUAAUAAUAAUAAUAGUAAUAAUAAUAAUAAUAAUAAUAAUAAUAAUAAUAAUAAUGUUAAUGAUAACAAUAAUAAUAAUAAUAAUAAUUAUAAUGUUAAUGAUAACAAUAAUAAUAAUAAUGUUAAUAAUAAUAAUUGUAAUGUUAAUGAUAACAAUAAUAAUAAUAAUGUUAAUAAUAAUAACUAUAAUAAUGUAAAUAAUAAUGAUAAUAAUGAUAAUACGAAUAAUAAUGAUAAUAAUGAUAAUACGAAUAAUAAUGAUAAUAAUGUUAAUACGAAUAAUAAUGAUAAUAAUGAAAAUAGUAAUAAUAAUGAUAAUAAUGAAAAUAGUAAUAAUAAUAAUAAUAACAAUAAUAACAAUAUUAAUGAUACUAAUGAUAAUAAUAAUAUUAAUAAUACUAAUGAUAAUAAUAAUAAUAAUAAUAGUAUUAAUGAUAUCAUCAGUAUUAAUGAUAACAACAGUAUUAAUGAUAAUAACAAUAUUAAUUUUAAUAAUAAUGAUAAUAACAAUAUUAAUUUUAAUAAUAAUAAUAAUAAUUAUAGUAUUAAUGAUAAUAAAACUAUUAAUUAUAAAAAUAAUAUAACAUCAAAUGAUAUUUUAGAGCCUAAUAAGCUAGAUGAAAAAAAUGUAAAGAAUCUUGAAAAGAACAAAAUAAUAGAAAAUAAUUUGAUUGAACCAAAUAAUGAAGAAUACAAUUUAAUUAAUUAUAAUUUUCCAUCAAACGAUAAUGGAUUAAAAAAAAAUAUAUUAUAUCUAAAAUAUAAUUUUAACAAAAAUUUUUCUUUCAUUUUUAAAAUUCCAACAUGUUGCAUUUGUGAAUUUGAUGCUUUUUAUUUAGGAGGAGGACCAAUUAAAAGAACUAACAAAAAAAAUGAGUGGUGUCAUAUACGAUGUGCCUUAAUUAGUAAUUGCAUAAUAAGUGAUAAAAUCGAAAUAAGCAAUAAAGAAGAAAAAACAAAAUAUAAAUGUUCUUUAUGCUUAAGAACAAAUAAUACAGGAAUAAUAAAAUGUAAUAUUUCAGACUGUUACAAAUAUUAUCAUAUUUCUUGUGCUACCUCAUCAAAUAAAUAUUUAAUUGAGUAUAAUGAAUUUAAUAAAUUAGUUUUAUUUUGUUCUAAUCAUUCUCAAAAAAAAGCGCCAACAGAGAUAUUAAGAAAAUAUCAAAUUCUUCGUGAAAAAGAAUAUAAUAAAAAUAAAUUAGAAGACAAACUAAAUAUUGCAAAAAUUUUUGAUGCAUAUAUAUUACAAUCUUAUUUAAAAAUAAGUGACUUAAAAUUAUUCAAUUUGCUCUCAUUAUCAUCCUUAUCUAUAUUUGAAAAUUUCAUCUAUUUUAAUUAUAAUAAAUUUAAUGAAAAUAUAAAAAGUAAUUUUGGUAUUAUUAAUGAUUUUAAUGAAUUAUGUCUAAAAUAUGAUCAUAAUUUUUCAAAAGAAGGAAAUGAAUCUUUUAAUAAUGCAUUAGAAAUUUGUGAAAUGGAUGAAAUUAAAAAGGAUAAUAUGAUUGGAGAUAUUAAAAAUAAUAAUGUAGAAAAAAAAAAAGAGGAAGAAAGUAAUAUAAAUUUUAACAUUGAAAAUAAAAUUAUAAAUGAAGACAUAAAAAAUACUAAUGAUGAUCAAAUUAAAACUACUAAUAAAAGAAAAUUUGAUGAUGAAGAAGGUAAAAUCUUCUUAGAAUUAGAAGAAAAAAACAAAGAAAAAAAUAUACCAAUUGAUAUAUUUGAUAUAGACAGUAUAAAUAAAAUAAGUAAUAUAAAAUGUAACAAUAUAAUAAGUAUUAGUAAUUUUAAAAAUAUUUAUAAUGAAAACCUAUUAGAUGAAGAUUCACUACUGAAGUUGUUAACUUAUGAUUUCUUAAAUAUGCAAAAAGACAUACAAGAAUUUAACAGUAGUAUUUUAAGUGAUAAAUACAAAAAACUAAAGAAUUUUGAAAAUAUUUUACUGUUAUACCCUUAUUUUAAUGAUUAUCAAUUAAGAAAAUUAUCAGAGCUCAUAUUGGAGAAGUAUCCAUCGAAUAUAUCUAGUAUUGAUAAUGACGAUACCUUUUUUAUGUUUUUUAAUAAAUUUCUCUCACUUUUAAACAAUAAAAAUCUAAUGUUUUGUAGUGUAUGUUUAUCGAAGGCAACAUAUUGUGAAACAAAUAAAGAAGAAAAAAAAAAAAACAAUCAAGAUAGUUUAAUCCCAUUAGAAAAUACAGAUACAAAUAUUCAAACCAGUAAAUUAAGAAAAAUAUGUUACUCAUCAAAUAAAAAAGAUAAUUUUGAAAUAAAAAAAGAAAGGAGACUAGGAUCAUUAAGUGUUCUAAAAAAAUGUUCUGUGUGUAAUGUAUACAUAUGCUACUUUUGCUGUCAUAGAAUGAAUAUAGAUAUAGUAAAAAACUAUUUAAAUGAUGACAUAGAGGAUACAUUAAAUAAUGAUUAUGAACGUGGUAAAUUAAAUAAUUUCAUAUAUAAUAAUAAGGUUGGAAGACCAACUAAAUACAAGAGAAAAGACAAAAUUGAUUUUGUUGAUACUAAUAAUUGUACGAAUAAAAAUAGUAAUUUAAAUUCUUUUGACAUUAUUAAUAAUAAAAGUAGUGAAAAUAAUGAUAAAAUAUAUGAAAUAAAAAAAGAGAUUAAAAUAAAUAAAUAUAACUUUUCAAUAAAUAAAAUAGAUAUGAAUAUUUCUCCUUGCAGAGAUAAAAUAAUAAAAAAAGAGAAUUAUAAAAAUAAUCCUUUUAUGAGUAAGAAAAAAAUAAAAAAAAACGAAAUUACUAUUUUUAACAAGAAUGACUUACUUCAUAAAAAUAAAAAGAAUUUAAAACUUAUGAAUAAAAAGGAUGAAAAUUCUACAAAUAAAAAAUAUAUUAAUAUAAUUAAAAAAGAUGAUAUAAAUAUGAUAAAUAAAAGGAAUAAUGAGGAAAUUCAUAAAAAUUGUAUUGAAGAAUAUGAUAAUAAAGGAAUAAAUCAUAUAAUUAUAGAUGAAACUAAUGAAAAACCUAUCUGUGAAAAAAACAUUACAGAAAUUAAAGAUGUAAACGAAGAAAAUAUUGAGAAAAUAGUGCAAUGUACAAAUAAAAAUGAUAAUAACGAAGUUAAAAAUACCAAUGAAAAAAGUGAUAAUAAACCAAAUAAAAUGGGUGUAAAUAAAAAAAGAACUCAUUUAAAUAUUAUGAACGACAAUUCAAAUAAAAAGGAUGAUGAAAAUCAAUUUAUCUGUCCUAGAUGUGAAUAUUUUAAGGUAAAAAAAAAAAUAGGAUUUUGUUCCUAUUGUCCUAGAUUAGAUGGAUUUUUAAAUUGUUUUGAAGAUAAAGUAAAAAAAGAAUUAAUAUUUGUUCAUCCCAAAUGUUUAGAGUAUGUAAAUACUGCUUAUUCAAAAAAAAAUAAUAUUAAUGAGAUAAAAGCGGGAUGCAAUAAAAAAAUAUGUAGUUACUGCAGGAUAAGACAUGGAAUUGUUCUUACAUGUAGUAACACUGAUUGUGAUAUUUCUUUUCACAUAUCUUGUGGAAUUUUGCUUGGUUGUAAAAUGGAUAAUUUUUUCGGAAGAGUUGAUAUUUAUAAUCCAAAAAAAGCAUAUUGCUUUAAACAUACUUUUCAGUACUGUAAAAAAAAUAGCUUGUUAAAUUUUAUUAAUACAAAUAAAUUAUUUUUCUUCGAAAAUUUUUUACACUUUCCAUUUAACCAUUUGUAUAAUUUUCUACUGGGAACUUAUAUUUUUAAUUAUCUGAAUAAAAAAUAUACCAAUUUCUUAAUGAAGCCAAUUAAAAUAGACGAUUAUCUAUCAACUAAUAUUUUUGAAAAAACGCAAUCAAAUAUGAUUAAAAAGAAUACGAAUAUGGCUUCUAAUGAAUUAAAAAGAAGUUAUAAAUGUAACAAAUAUAAUUUAGAGAACAAAAGAAAAUUUUUCUUAAAAAAUAAUGUUGAAGACAAAAAAUAUACAGAUUAUUAUAAUAACCAAAUUGUUCAUAAGGAUUUAAAAUUAGUAGCUGGCGAAAACUCAAAAAAUCUAUUAGAUUCAUUAAAAAAUAUACCAUAUAAAAUUAAAAGUGAAAGUAAUAAUUCAAAUUACAUCCAUAAAGAAAUAGAUAAUUUUAUGUCUUCUGACAAAAUCAAUACGUUAAAUCAAGAAUCAGACUAUUCUAAGUACCCAUCAAUGAAUUCAAACCGCAAAAUUAAGGGGGAUCUUGUAUUCAUUGAUGAUAAUUUAACCGAAAGUGCCGUUUCUGUUUUAUCAGAGAAUGAAACAGAAGAACUGAAAUCUUUUCAAAAUGUUUCCUUUUUUAAUUGCAAAAGUAAUGCAUAUAUUAAUAAUAUAAUUCAGAAUAGUUUUAUGCAACUUAAGAAAAAAUUUGAAGAAAAUUAUAAUAAUGCAAUUAAUUCUGAAAGUUUAACUUGUAGCAAUUUUAAUAACCAUACUAACACAGAACUUGAUGAUAUAAAAAAUAAACAAAAUAUAAUGGUAGAUAAAAAAGACAAAUAUAGUUAUUUAGAAGAUAAGAGAAAAAUAUAUAUACUUCAUGAAGAUGACAGAGAUAUUUUAAAAAAUAAUUCAUUAAAAGAUUCUUAUACAUCCAUUAAAUAUAAUAAUAGUAACUUAAAAUUAGAGAGAAAAAAUAAAAAAAAAGAGAAGGAAAAAGAGAAAGAAAAAGAGAAAAAAAAUAAAAAUAAAAGUAUUGAUGAUUUAUAUGGUAAUGGAAAUGAUUUUAAUGCAGCUAAUGAAAAAAAAAUAAUACAAUUAAAUAACAACGUUGGUGAAACAGGUAAAGAAAAUCAAUUUGACGUCAUUAUAGAACAUAUUAAUGGUAUUAAUGAAUUAAUUAAGAAAGAUAAAAAUGAAAUAGAAAAGACAAAAAAAAUUAAAAACGAAAAUCUGAAAAUGAGUGAAAAUACAAAAGAAGAAAAAAAAGAUGUAAAAAAAAAUAACGAAAACAAAGAAGAUGAACAAAUAUAUUGUCCAAUAUGCAAAUGUUAUUAUGAAGAAUUAAGUGAUGGAUCACCAGCUGAUGGCUUAAACUGGAUUGGAUGUGAUAAAUGUGAAAAAUGGUAUCAUUGGAUUUGUUGUAAAUAUUCAAUUGAUAAUCCUCCUGAUAUAGAUAAUGAUUGGUAUUGUAAUAGUUGUUUAAAUAAUUGA